AUGAGUGCAUCCCUAGAGAAGAAGAUUAGAAGAGAAUUGCAGUAUCUACCGGAUCCCCUCAAGCUCGCCGACCGUGUUCGUGGUGUUCUCAGGAAGGGCGAUGUCGAGAAGGCACUCGGUCUCACUCGAAUUGCUAGUAGAGACAUGGAAUGUGUCGUCAGCUGGAAUCAUAUCAUUGGCCAUUUGCUGUCGGAGAAGCAGGUCAGCGCGGCCUUGAAGAUAUACAAUGAGAUGAAGAAGCGUGCUCAGUUCCCCGACUCACAUACCUAUGUCAUCCUCCUACGCGGUCUCUCUGAGCCCCCGAUCGCCGCAGAAACUGUCGGUAGAGCCCUCGCUAUCUACCAUUCAUUAGGCGCAGAAAACUCGAGAGUAAAGGCCACAACGAUACACACAAAUGCAGCUCUGAGAGUAUGCGCGCGAGCACACGAUAUGGACUCAUUGUGGGGCAUAGCCUCAAAAAUUCCGGAAAGGGGAUCUGGCGCUGCCGAUGCCUACACAUAUACAACAAUCCUCAACGCUAUCAGAGAGCAUGCGCUGCUACAAGGAGGCGACAGAACGGAUGACAGUGAGGUUUCUGCUUUGAGAGCGACAGCUAUUCAGCAGGGUCGAAGAAUCUGGGGAGACAUCGUAGGAAGAUGGCGAUCAGGCGACAUCAUGGUUAAUGAGGAAAUGGUCGGCGCGAUGGGUCGCCUGCUACUCAUUGGUCUGCAGCCACGAGACUGGGAUGACGUCCUCUCGCUUAUUGAACAGACCAUGGGAAUCCCUCGACUCGCACCCAAACUGGGCAGUAAGAUGAGAAAGGCUCAGCAUCUGCCGAUCCGCGUCCACAGCGAUGUAAAGAAAGCUCAUCGGGAUGUCGUUGAAGGUGAAGAACCUGAGAGUGAAUUCGAUCAAGAACUCCUGCUCGAUACUCGAGGCAAGAAAGCAGUCUCGUCUAUCAAACCUGGAAACAAUUCUCUGUCACUCAUCUUGGAGGCUUGUAAACAGACAUAUGCAUUCCAAGAGUCGUACGAAUACUGGGAUCUACUCACCAACAAGUCUACCUACGAUCUCCAACCUGACAUGGACAACAUUCACACCUUCAUGCGCAUCCUACGACAAACACGCGCGUCCGGUCGCACUCUUGACAUAGUGAAAGACACGAUCCCAAGUUAUGGCUGGACACCACACCGCAAGACUUUCCGCAUUGCCAUGAGUGCUUGCAGACGCGACAAGAAUAAUCCUAACGUCAUGGAACAUGCCAACAAGCUUGUGGACUUGGUAGAGUACUACCAGAUGGAUCCUGACCCUAAGACGCUAUUUCAGUAUAUGGAGUUGGCUAUCUCCACUCAGAACGCAGAAGCUAUUCGUGGGGCGAUUGACCGUCUGUCUGGUCCUAUCACAAAGUUCAAGUCGAUGAUUUCUUUUGGAAAACUCACCUCUGGCAAGUCGACUUCCGCGGACAAACAGGAAAUCAUUGGUCUGAUAAGGACGACCAUUGGUGCUAUUGAUCAAGUUCUGAACAAGGAUCUGAUACCUAAAGAUCAAGCACAAUCAUGGUUGCAGCAUAGGUCGAAGCUGAACGCUUUUGUCGUGAGAUUCAUGGACAGAAUGGAAGGAAAGAACAUCAUUCCUAGAGACAAGCUUUUGGAGUUGAGGCAGGAUAGCAGACAAUUGAGGCAUUUCAGAGCGAAGCUGGUGAAGAAGGACAAGAAGGACAACGGCACAUGGGUCGAGUCUAAGAAGGACCUCGAGCCAAAGACCUUGCAGGACUUCCCUUUUGACGAGUGA